AUGGAAAACAAUUCUACGGGAAAUAUAAGCAAAGUCAAUGUUCUUGACUUGGCAACGGUUCCUAUUUCAAGACCAGAAGGCAUAGCAUGGUGCAUUUCACUUUCUUUUCUUUCUUUUUUUACUGUCGUUGGAAACCUUCUCAUAAUAAUUCUCUUUUCAGUUAACAAAAGAGUUCGGAAAAAAAGCUUGUAUUUUGUGAUCAAUAUGGCUUCCGCUGAUCUGAUGUUAGGAACUUUGGGUCUUCCACUUUAUGUUAAAUUUUUUAUCAGCACUGAUUACUAUCGAAUUUCCACACCAAAGAUGAAUUGGACUUUGGUUUAUGUGUCUAGGAGUUCUUACAAACUUUCGUUGUUUGUGUCACUUAUGUCUGCGGCUUUGAUAUCCUAUGAGAGGUUUUACGCUAUACAUUUCCCGUUCAAGCACAGAACAAAAACAACGAAGGGAUACAACACUGUCAUUUUCAUAAUAUGGACACAUUCUCUACUAUGGGAAAUCGGCUCCGCCUUCCAAUCAUUCGAGUCUUUUGCGAGGUAUAUUUCUACAUCAUUCGGUGCUGUUUUCACACUCAUCAUUUGCGGGUGCAACUUUGCCAUUUGGAGAAAGUUUAAACACGAGAGCGUCGCAUCAAAACAGAAAAACAGAGAAGCGCAAAAUAUGCGAUUGACAAAAACUUUAAUGUUUGCUUCUAUUCUUACUUUGCUUUGCUGGCUGCCCCUGAUUAUUGUGAGAUUUUUACGGGGUGAAAGAGUAGGUAGAUAUCACAUUAUUGCCGUCUUCCUUAAUAGCUGCAAUUCAUUUGUAAAUCCAGUUUUGUAUGCAAUAAGAAUUCCAGAGUUACGACGUGCGUUAGCUCUAUGCUGUAUCAAACGACGAGCCGAGAUAUCGAUGAACGAGACAAAUUUUGCAGUUCGAAGGAACACGGCAGCUAUUCCAAAGGGGGAGACGACACUCCCAACAAUUCACACUGAUUUCGGUAACCUUCACUGCAAGUUUAAUGAACGCGUUAUGGAUACCAAACUGUAGUGACCCUUGGUAUGAAACCGAUAAAAAUUUGAGUCUUACCUGAGGGUUAAGGGAAGAUUACGCAAUAAAACUUUUGCUAUGUUGUAAAUGAUAAUAAUAAAUAAAUAAAAAAAAUACUACACGGAAUUAAGUAAAACAGUGAACUUUGCUGUUAUCAUCACCACAUCAGUUUCCAUUUUUAUGGUCAGCACACUGUAUUGUGCUGUAUCCAUUACUUGAUCUUGGAUGUAAGAGUAAGGGAGUGUAACACUGAGGUUAAGUAAACAGAAAGGUCCGCUGAGCGUGCAAAUAUCAAAUAGAUGUUGUUGAUUACAAUGUACAAAACUUCUUACAAUUUCCUGGAGGAGUUUUCAUGAAGGUCAGAAAAACUUUUAAUAUCUAUUGUUACUUGCAAUUCAAUUCAAUUUCACCCGUGAAGCAGUCGAGGGUUUGCAUAACUUUAGAGAAGUUUUGUUGGAUAAUAAACUUUUGCUGACUCAUUAUGAAUAAAAAAAAAAAGUUAACGAGUAUCAUUACCAAUGUGAAAGUAGUUUUUUACAUCAAGAACGUCUCAGAUAAAAUAACAUUUUAUAAAAAAUUUGAAGGCCAAAACACGGCAACCGAAAGGCUGUGCGACGUUUGCUUUGGCAGUUUGAGAUACUUAAAGUUUGUAGCACAUAGUAUGAUGUGCGUUUUCGUGAAAAUUUUGCUGAGGAAAAUCUUGCGGAGGAUUUUGAAUGUGUACUGCGCAUUUUGUUGCACAUUUUGUCGUCUUUGCUUGAACUACUUUGACGAUGUCGUCCGGCGUAGUCUCAAGCGGUCUGAAAUGUUGUUAAGAAAUAAGUUUUCAUAUGCAAGUCGUUGACUACAUCUUCGUAUCCAUAGCUUUCUUAUCAAAAUUUUGUCGAGGGCUGUUUAAAUCUGUGUGUAAAAGUUCUCAGCCGUGUCUCUCGCGAUGAGAAGGCUACCUUGUUUUGUUUCAGCUUCGUUGCUUUUCACGUUCACUCUAACUUAGCCGUGGAUUUGUUUUUCACUGUCCCAGCUUAUUCGAAUAAAUGAUUUGAGACUUUCACGUUUAAAUACGUCCUUUUUUUUUUUUUAAUCGCUUUCACCAUGAAGGUGUGGAACACACAACAGAGCGAGGCUCCAAAUUAAGUGUUUGCCCUUAAGAGAGCACUGUGAGAGUAAAGUGUCUUGCUCAAGAACACAACGCAUUGUCCCGGCCAGGUCUCGAACUCAGGCCUCUCGACGCGAAGUCUAGUGCACUGACCAUUAGGCCACUACGAAAUAAAAAAAAAUUGAGAUGACUGACUCGGAAAGCUUCUUUUGCUUCUCUUACGAGCCUUUUGGAAUCAGCGUCCAGUUCAUGAACAUCUGGUAAUAUUUGUUGUUUCAAGGAGACCUAAAUAAUUUUUGUUGGAAAUAAAUAUUACCAUUGCCUUUUUCGGUGUUUAAUCAUGGAUGAAAUUGAGCUUGGAUUGGUCUUCAUUUUUAAGCUUCAUUUUGACAUGCAGAGAAGUAAUUUUAAACAAAUUACUUUGACUCUUGACAUCUGUAGCAUUAACAACUGUGCACCUUUUUCUUAGAUAAAGUUCAAAUUGAAAGUUGUUCACAGCAACAACAAAAAAAAGUACUUAACUCUUUCACAGCUUGGCCCGCCGACUCUACAGGCGAAAAAUAAGUUUGGGACAGAAGGUGCUGUAUAGUGUUCUUUUUAAUGUUAACUCUUUUUGCUUUCUCGGUAGGAAAAUUUAUAAUUAAUAUCUACUUUCCUUUGUGGUAGCCGACAAUACGUAUAUUUUUGUCUCCCCAUUUUUCGGCGCUAUCAAUUUGUAAUCUACGGCGUGGAAAACAAAGCACGCGGUAAAUCUCACGCAUAAGUGUGAAUAAUGAAAUCUUUUUUUCUGCACGCGUAAUGUAGCUUCUGAAAUAAUUUGUUUGCAUUCAAAGUAUCUCUUUCAAGCUAGCAUUUACAUCACUCAAAUUAAGACCAUUUCACGCUCAAUUUAAACUAAAACUAGCUGUGCUAAACUGAAGGAGCUUUCGACUUAGUCUUCAUAGCUGAAAACGUCUCGUACAAGAUGGCCGCGAUGGAAAACAUUUCUUCGGCAAAUAUAAGCAAAGAAAUUGAAAUUACCUCACCAACGAACACCCUUUCGAGGUCAGAGGGCAUUGCAUGGAGUAGUGUGCUUUUCUUGUUUUCAUUCUUUAUCGUCGUUGGAAAUAUCCUCACAAUUGUUCUCUUCGCAGCCAACAAGAGAGCUCGUAAAAAAAGUUAG